AUGGAUAAAGCAACAAUCGUCUAUGUUCGUCUUGUAUUUCUACGAAUAGGUGAAAUCGAUACAUUGAAUGAGAAAUACCAAGCGCAUGCGUCCAUCGAGUCCCGAUGGUUCGUUCCGGCCGACAAAUUCACUUACAUUCUUUCGUCUGACGAUCAACUUCGUUUGAGAAAAGACAAAUCUGUUCUGUUGGACAAAUACGCUGAAUGCUGUUGGCAUCCGGAAAUCUACAUUGAAAACAGUUUAGGUGACCUCAAAGAACAGAUCAAGUACAGUGCAAAGCUUGGUAAAGACGUUCAAAUGAUACAAAUUUGUGAGCAUCGCGUCAUCAAAGGUUCAUUCUGGGAGAAACUUGAACUUCAACAUUUCCCUAGUGAUGUACAGGAUUUAUCCAUAUCUGUUGCAUCAAUGUUCUACCAUGACAAAGUUAUUUUGAUUGCUGAUCCAUUACGGCUCAGUGGAGUUAAUCGAGAAGCCUUCGUUGAUCAACAAGAAUGGUCCCUGUACGAACAUGUCGAUACAAAGCAAAGAUUUAUCAAAGAAUUCGUUUUUCGCACUGAUGAUGCUGUUGAGAACAACGACGACGAAAUCGAUGAUCAACAGAUGAAAGAAGUGCCAAGUAGUGAAGAUCGAAAACGAUCCAUUUUAACAGUGACUUGUCAUGCAGCACGUCAAUCCCAAUAUUUCUUUUGGAACGGAUAUUGUCUCAUACUACUGAUUACAAUGGUUUCUUUUUGUACUUUUGGAAUACCGUUACAAUAUGCAGUCAAUCGAUUACAAGUAUCAUGUACACUUCUACUUACAUCAAUUACUUUUCGAUGGACAGUGAAUAGAUCAUUACCGACAAUAUCUUAUUUAACAUCGUUGGAUCGAUAUGGUAUCGCUGGGAUAUUCAAUUUAGUAUUCCAUUCCCUAUGGCACAGUACUCUUAGUGCAAUUAUCUGGCAAACGACACCAGAUUAUCGUGUGCCAAAGCAUUCUUGGAUUGAAUUUGUAGAUCAUAGUAUGUUCGGUGUGUUUGUUAGUGUGUUUAUCAUUUACCAUCUGGCCAUGAUCAUAUGGUUGUAUUGUGUCCCACUGAAGUACCGCAGACGAAUGAAACAAAAAGAUGUCCAGUACCGGAUUUUAAUGCAGGAGAAAAUAAGGGGUAAUAUCAAUCGAUCUCUCGACAGUGAAAACUCGAGACCAUCAACAGCAGCUCAUAUAUCGAUCGAACAACUUUAG